GCAAUCACCAUGGCGGAAGAUGUGCAACUUUCGUCGCAACAAACGGAAAAACUAUUGCAGUUUCAGGACCUGACUGGAAUAGAAGAUAUGGAAAGAUGUCGUUAUAUAUUAGAUUCACAUAGUUGGGAUCUGGAGGUUGCCACACAAGUCACCUUAAAUAUGAGGGAAGGUACUCCAUCUGUUUACAGGCCUUUACCAAGAACUCCUCCUCCAGUGGUUGCUAGUCCACCAGACCAAAGAGUCUUUCUUGCUGUGCGUUCUUGGCAACCAACUGGAUUGUUAGGAUGGAGUUUCUUCUUUGUAUCUUAUCCCUUCCAAUUUGUGUACACCACAAUGAUGCGUCUAGCAAGGUUUGCAUUGAGCUUUAUCAGAGCAGAUCCUAGAAGAACAGUAACUGAUCCAGUUCGCGAUGUCAGAAUUUUUAUACAGAAUUUUGAAGAAAAAUAUGGAACUGAGCAUCCUAUUUUUUACAGAGGAACUUAUUACCAAGCUGUUAAUGAUGCAAAGCAAGAUUUGAAAUUUCUAUUGGUUUAUCUCCAUGGAGAUGACCAUCAAGAUACAGAUGAAUUUUGCAGGACUGUGUUAUGCUGUAGAGAAGUAAUAAAUUUUAUAGAUUCAUCAUUUUUAUUUUGGGCUUGUUCUGUAAACUCCCCUGAAGGAUAUCGAGUAUCCCAGGCACUGCGGGAAAAUACAUUCCCCUUUCUAGCUGUGAUUGUAUUAAGAGAAAACAGAAUGACUGUGGUUGCUCGACUUGAAGGUCCCACAGAUUCUGAGGUGCUAAUUAGGAGGUUAAAUGUUAUUAUGAACGACAAUGAAGCAUCUCUAAUAGCUGCUCGACUGGAGAGGCAAGAGCGUACUAUGAAUCAAACAAUAAGGCGUCAGCAGGAUGAAGCCUACAUUGAAUCCUUGAGAGCAGAUCAAGAGAAAGAACGACGCAAAAGGGAAGAACAAGAAAUAAAAGCUAAAAUUGAAUUAGAAGAACGUAAUAAGAUUUUGGAAGAGCAAAGGAGGAAAGAGGACAUUAGGCGUCAAAAAAUCGAACUUGCUGAUCAAAUACCAGAAGAGCCUCCAGAGUCUGAUUUUAAAGCAAUUCGAUUGAUGAUAAAAUUGCCAAAUGGAACAAGAUUAGAGAGGAGAUUUAACAGAGAGCAGUCUAUGAAGUUUUUGUACUAUUUCGUGUUCUGUCACUCUGAAUCUCCAGACAGCUUUCAAAUUGUGAGCUUUCCAAGAAGAACUGUGCCAUGUGAGCCUACCGAAACGUGUCCAGAGCCUCCAACCUUUUCUGAAUUUGGGAUUGAAAAUUCAGAAAUGCUACUUGUACAAGAUUUAGAAGCAUGAAAAUGUUUCUAUUUGAAAAAGUAUAACUGUUGCAUUCUGUGUUGGCACUUUUAUAAUUUAUUAAACGUUAUGGAAUUUUUUCCAGAAAAUGUUGGGAUAUGUUAAUAUAAUAUAUAAUAUUUACUAGGUUAGCCUGACCAGUAAAUGAACACUUCUCAAUUCCAUUUUAAUUAAUUAAUUCUAUUGUUAAAAACUAGCUUUGGGUACUUGACAGUAAAAUUUAUUAUUAAUUAAUAUUUUAAAUUAUUUUCAAAAAAUACUAGAAGAAGUCGUAUGGUUUUACUUCAGGUUUUUUGGUUGUUUUAAUGAAAAGUGACACAAUACUGUAAAUGAACACAACUAACCUAUAAACAAAUGCCAUAUUGAAAGUUGUUUCCUUUUCAAAAUUGAAUAGAAAGCCCACUAAUCCUAGAAAAAUCUUUUAAAACCUUAUUCAAAAAAAAAAAAAAAAAAGGUUUAUUUGCUGAGGUUUCAUUUAUUGGUUGAACUCUCCUGUGUAAGAUUUGGAAAAAUAGUAUAAAAUUUUAAAAUCAUUGAUGGGAGUUGUAUUUUAUUAGUAUUGACCUCUAAUUAGUGCCAUUACUUCCUGCAAAAUUAUUUUGUUGAAAAGUUUAAAUUUAUUUCACACUUUUUGUUCCAACACUUUUCACUUUUUAUUUAAAACAAAAUUUUAGUGUUAAUCAAAAAAAUUAAAACCAUUUAAGCAAGCUUUUAUUUUUAAAAAAUAUCAUUAUUAUUUAAGGUCAUUUUGAAAUGAAACCACAUGUUAGGCUUUAAAUUGAGAGCAUUUUUUUCUUAUUUUGUUUAUUUAUAAUUUUUAUCUUUACAGUUGAAUUGUUAAAAAUGUUUCAAAAGUUUUGUAUCUUGUGAUUUAUGUGAAUAUAAUUUAUUUAACGGUAGGUUUAUUUUAAGAGUUAUUUUAUUUUAACAGUAGGUUUUAAAGUAAAAAUUGAAAUAUUUCUAUUUCAUGUGUUUCUUUUUGUUGCUGAAUUUUGUAUGAAGAAUUUAAAAAAUGCUAAUAACUAAUAUUAAUCUUUGUAAUUAUUUUAUGGUUAAAGUUUCAGAAAAUCUCAAGUAGCAUUAAUUUUAGCUAAUAAUUUGCAGUUCAUUUGGCCUGUUUCAUUGUAAUUCUUUUUUGCUUUUCUUUCAUAAAUAAGUAAAACUUCAAUGUAAUUGAAUAUUUUCAUUUUGUGAUGCAUAUUAACAGUAAUUUAUGCCCCUUAAAACAUCAUGAUUUUUUUUUUUUUUUUUUUGUCAUUCCACUUUUCAUAAGAAAUGGAAAUGUAUCUAUCUCUUCAUAACACGUUUACUUAAUUGGUGGUGUCAGUGCUAAUAUAUCACAGUAAUAUAAAUACAUUACUAAUGCAUAAUUUUUUAGUAAUUAUGCUGCAUUUUAUACAUAUCAAAAUUAACUCAUUUUAAUACUCCUUUUAUAUUCAUGUCUGAAACAUAUAUUUAUAUGUCACAAAAAUUCAAUGCUUGACUCUCAAAUUGUCGAGAGUAUCACUUUAGACAAAAGUAGGUACAAUGUAGAAAAAAGUAAGUAGAAUCUAACCAUAAAAUAUUUCUUUGCCUGAAAAUGUAUUUAUUAACUCUUUGGAUUUACAAUUUGGAAGUUUAGACCAUUUUUGUUUCAUUUACCUGUUUAUGUUUAAAAUUUAAACUAUUAUCUUAAAAAAAAAGAAAAAAGAUUGAAUUUGUGUUCUAAUUUUCAGAUUUUCUUUUCAGGCAAAACUCCACAGUUAUGAAAUUUUGUAUUUCAUGUUUCAUCUUAUUCUGUAACUAAACGUUUACCUAUUUGGUAACAUAGAUGUACCAUACUUGUUUUUAGGAUGUUUUACAAAUUAUUUUUAAAAAAUGUAAAACAAAAAUAUUCAAUGGAAAUUUACUCUGAUAGAUUUUUAUUGUAACUUGAAAAAUUAUUUAUGAAAUUUUUAUGUGAUUAGUUUUGAUGAAGAAUAACAUAUAUGUCCUAAUUAUAUAUGUUAAAACACACAUAAGUUCCUUUUGAGUCCAGAAUAGAAUUGAACUAAAAGAAACAAAAACUUAAUGAUUUGUAGGAAUUUUUUUCUGCCCCCAUUUGCCUCCCCCCCCCCUUAUUCUUUAAAAUUGUAGAACUUGUGUAAUACUUAAACCACCUGCUGAGGCUGACUGAUUUGAGUUCAUUUGCUUAUUUUUUUUCAUCUAUGCUAAUAUCUUUAAGAUUUAAUUUUUUUUUUUUUUUUUUUUGCAAAACAAAUUGUGUAUAUAUAUAACACAAAUCAAACAUGGACAUUAAAAAUUAGAUUUAUAAAUAGGUACUUAAGAACUUCUGUAGGUGAUAUUUUUGGUAAUUUCAUUUACUUUUGGUUGUUUAUUUAAAAAAGUUUCAUAACCUCAUGAUUUUUUUUUUCUUAUUUUCAAAGCGAACAUUUAGGUUGUUUUGCUAAUACCUUUUUAGGUGUGCUACCAGGAGUGGGGAAAAAACAGCAUAUUACUUUUCAGGUUGGAAAACUUUCAGUGAUACUAUUUUCAUUAGAACAUUUGUGUAAUGUGUUUCAAAGGAAGUGUUGUGCUUUACUUCAGUGUGUGGUAUAUAUUCUUUCAAAAUCAAUUUAUUUUGCUUGGAGUUAAGAUUAAAGUUUUUUGCAUUUGAUGUGUAUUAUCUGAGAGCUUAUAUUAGUACUUUUGAUUACAUUUGAUGAGAAAAGUCCUGAAGAGAAUGAUAAUUGCUCCUGAUAAAUAUGUUUUGGAUUUAAUGUUGCUUUCUGUUAUUUGGAAAUCUGUUGAUAUCACGCAUAACAUUAUUUGAAGGAUUGUCUAAAUCUGAUCAGUGUGUGUAUUUUUGGUUUAAUGAAAAUUGUCUUCCAUAAUUUGCUAUAUUAAUCAAUGCAAUUUUUUGAGCCACACAAUACUCGAACUAAUCCACCUUUUAGCAUGCAUGAUGUUUAACCACCUUGCAGUUCUUGACGAAAUAUCUCGUCCAUUUAACAUGUAAUUCUGGGACUGUCCAACUGUAAGGGGUUAAUAUAGGCCUCUUUUUUUCUUUCGGAGAAAUGUUUUUAUAAAAUUGUUAUGGAAACUGAUGAAAAUAAUUUUUAAAGUGAGUUUAAAGGGUCAUCUGUGCACCAUCUGCUAUUUCUCUAAAAUAAGUGAGAUAAGCUUUUGUUUUUUGUAUGCCUUCCGGAAGACUAAUCCUAAAUCAAUAACUGUUGCAACUGAUGUGCAUUCCAAGUAAAUGAAAAUUUAUUGCAGCUUGUAAAUAAUAUAAAUAACCUUUGGAUACCCGUAAUCCUUUUUUUUUGCCAACACUUAAAAGUGUUUAGUUUUUCUUAUUUGGGUUUAAUUUUUUUUUUUCUGAUUAGAACUAUUCAAUUUUAUUUACCACCUCCUUUUAAUUAUUAUUUAUUCUGUAAAUAACUUCUUAUGCAAUUUAGCCUUUCUUAAAAAACUUAUAUUUUGCUUUUGUUUCAAACAUUUGUCAUAAUUAGCAAAAAGUUUAUUUUUUUAGUUCUGAUGCACUUAUGUAUUUAUAUUGCAAUAAUUGUUUUCAAAAACACCUGCAAUGUCAUAAUUCAUGUAUUAAAAGCAGUGAUGCAACAAGAAUUUUCUUCUGGGGAGGCGUCACAAGUCUUUACAUCAACACAUUAACAUAUACUGAGUUCAACAUUAUGGUUUUAAUCCAACUGUUAUAUGUGAGAGGUAAACCGCCCCCCCCCCUCCUUCGCCUCCAUUGCAUCACUGUUUGAAGAGUGCACCAUUAACAUCUUGAUCUCUGUUACAAUAUUGCCGAGUUGUGCAUCUCAUUGUUACAUUUCAGACUCAUUGAUUGUAAUUUCUCUUAUAUUUUAAUGCCUUUGUCAUAAAAUUUUAAAAGCUUUUUACUGAUUUGUUAUUUCUUUCAAGUGCCUGAGUAGUUAAAGGUAUAGUUCAAAGACAUUUUCGGAACUCAAUUGUAGUAUUUUACUUGUUUCUUUUGCUUUUAAUAUUGUCAUUACUUAAUUCUGACGAGUAUUCAAACAUGGCAUAGAGGAUGUUGCAUUUGUUGUUCGAUUUGUGUACAUUUCACAAUGUCCAUAUUUUCUUGUCUGGAUAAUAAAUUUUUUCAUAAA